GUCUGGGGAAGGGGCAGUAGGCACCAUGUCCGGCCGCGAAGGUGGCAAGAAGCAGCCCCUGAAGCAGCCCGAGAAGCAAGCCAAAGAGAUGGACGAGGAAGAUAAGGCGUUCAAGCAGAAGCAGAAAGAGGAGCAGAAGAAACUUGAGGAGCUAAAAGCGAAGGCUGCGGGGAAGGGCCCCCUGGCCACAGGUGGAAUUAAGAAAUCUGGCAAAAGUGAGCUGUUCCUUGUGCCUAGGGCAAUGGUGAUCCUUAAUUCCAUUCCUUUUUUUAACAUCUGGAUUUCCUGCCAUAACAUCUCUUGCCAUCCAUAGCUAGAAUGAAGUGUUGUCUUGGAGCCUGUUGUACAUUUAAGAAUAAACUUUUGUAAAAA